GACCAGGUCUCAUCCCACUUUCCACUCGAACACCAGACUUGGUGGUCUCUCCACAGAUUACUUGUCCGCACCCGUCCUCUUCGAUGUCUGACCGACGAGCCCAGCGCUUAUCAAACGAGGCCCAGACUAGUUCAGGUCGGACACACCCUCCCCGCCUGCUCCGCGCACCGCCUUGACUCCGCCGGGAUCAUUUCCCGACGCACUGCCAUAUGCUCUCAUAACGAUCCGAGGGCUUCGAGGAACGUACGUAUCAGGAUUCUUUUGUCUGCGUUUGGACAUGAACAUUCAGAACGUCGUCGAGUCGUCAUGGCCGUUUAGAGUUGACUGGCAGUCCCCCAUUCCACCAGGAGAGAGCCGUCCCAUAUGGUCUGCUAAAAACGAGGGGGACCACUCCUGCUGUCCCUUCACCUCCCAACACUCCUCUACUUUUGCGCAAACGAACCGACAUUUGGCGGAUUGGUCGAAUUGCAAGUUGGAUCCGGGAGGCAGUGACUCUCGGUUUGACAAGUUCCACGUUCCAUGGCAUCAUAAUCCGCUCUCGACCUUUGGAGCCCAACAAUCCAGGCAGAUCCUCUUCCCACCUGCCGUAAGACUGGUCAACGUCCAAACUAAAUGAAACCGCGUGGAGACCUAGGCUGUUCUUCAGAGAUGAUCAACAUUCGUCGUUUCUCUGCGCGCUAGUUGGCUGAUGAAACCAGCUUGCACAGAGAUUGUCCCUCCGUCUCAGGAACUCUCCUUCGUUUGAGGGUUUCUGUUUCCAGUGCAUCGCGGAUAGGUAUAUAGAGAGCGUCCUCCAUCUCUGUUCGUCAUUCCCAAUCAUCUCCACCCAGAUGUCCCACGCUCGACAGAACUCGGCAUACCACCGUCCGGCAGGCGCUUCUUACGAGUCGUCCUCGGGUUCAUCGCCCGGGGAGUUUUCUUCCACAAUGUCCCGAGGCAGCUCGGUACAGGGAUCAAUGGACGAACGUCUGAAAGGGUCCCUGCCAAACAUCACCAAGAAGCGGAAGACAUGGAAGAAGUCGAGUGAUGGACAAGUGAUUUGGCCGCCCGACCUGGAGGCUGCUCUGGUCAAAGGUCUCGAAAAAUACGUGCCGCCACCCAGAGCGGGCGCCGCAUUCUCAAACCGGUAUCCAGGUCGCAAUCGAUUCCUGUCGAAUUUCAUACUGGAAACGACGGGCGAACGGCGGAGUUGCAAGCAGGUCGGCAGUCGGAUACAGCAGAUUCGCGAAUCAGCCCACAGUGGGCAAAACGAGCUUGACCGGAUGUGCGGGAUCCCAUCGACGUCUGACCAUCUCUCCCCUGCGCCUGGCGCCUUCGCCCCGGCCCAGGAAAUGAUCGUGAAUAUUCCGAUAUAUCCUCAGAGCCAGCAACCCUCGGUACACGGUGCGGCAGCCUUCCAGCCCCAAGUGUACAGCACAUACGCUUCGAAAAAUCAGAGACAACUCGCCACCAUCGAUCCGACCAUCUGUUUUUCUCUCCCGGUUCAGUCGCAAAGUCUUUCCGCGCGGUCAGCAGAAACCGUGAUUUUGACAUCCAGCCAAGCCCCGGUGCAUUCCGAAACUACGCAGCUUUCUUUGCGCCCAGGCCCGGAGGAGGGGAGCUGGGUCUACACCACAUCACUUGUCCCCAAUUUCUGGCAGGUAUUUGUUCAAGAUCCAGAUCCUUCGCGAUAUGAGAUACGGCAGCAGGUCGUCUCCAAUCUCGACUCCCGGGUGCUGUUCUCCGCCACUUAUCGAUUCGUGUACCAUGGCGAGCCCUCGCAAACCAGCGCUUUCCCGUCGCCCCAGAGUCAGCACGAUCGCGGUGAUUAUUACGGUCAAACGCAGCCAUACAACGCCCAGCAGAUCGCGGGCAGCUCCCAUAUGGGCGCGUACGGCACGUCUGGCCAAGGACACUAUAUCAGUCAAUUCAGUGACAGGGAACGCUACCAGGCCCCACAAGCGCGUUUCGGAGAGACGCCCAUGCGCUGGCAUGGCAGUGCCUCCCACUCGUCUUUUUCUGGCCCUCACUAAGGCUCAAUCUAAAAUUAAAACAUUAACUUAUUCACGAGGACUUUCGUAGACUUAGACACGAGCGUAGAACGUUCUACUGUACACCCCAAAGACGCUUUUUGUACAGUGUGUAAAAUCAUUAUUAGACCGCUGGCGAUGUUUGUGUUACUGUAGGAUCACCAGAUUGAGUACAGAUCCCGGGUAGCCGUGCCGACGACCUCGGCGUCAAACAUGUGCUGGAUCGACGGUAACGACGUCUUUGGCCCCGAGCGCUCCUUCUCGAGCUCCUCAGACACGUCCUUGAACGAGAACUUCGGACGGGGCCACCUCAC